UCAGGUUGUCAGUUUGCGUCAAGUCAGUCAAUAUGUGGUCAAUAUAAUUUUUUCUGUUCUGGAUUCGAUUUAUAACACAAAGUUAUCCUAGAUAUUUCAUCCUUAAACUUAAUUAUAUCUAUUGUUGUACAGCCUUGUGAAGGAUGUUUUCUCUAAAGAAUCGCAUAAAAUAAUUUAAAAUUAUAGAAACUGUAUAAUGGCCCCUGGCAAUAAGGAGCGGCAUCCAGGACACACGGGUACAAUACCCAAAACGAAAGUGAGAAAUAAUUGCAAUGUACCGCAGGAAGCUGUAACACCAACGAGACGAGACAUGGCAUCAAACCUGGUGACGACUUCUCUGGAUUGGGUGCCAGUUUCAGAAUAUAAUGCAAGAUCUAACUGUAACCAGUCUAGGAAACAGACUAAUAACACAUCAGAUCAAGAACUAACUGACUUAGAUAAUUCUGUUGCUUAUGAGAGUGGGUUUGGAAGGUUUGUCCCUGUGAGGCCACAACCUCGCGCUCUGCCAUUGACUGUUCAAAACCGGGAGAAUUUAUCAGCAGAUCACCAUGACGAUGCAGCCUCUACAUCCUCGCAUACUUUACAUCCUUACGCACACCAAAUGCAGAAUGGCCUAAUUCCACAUUCUAAUCAUGCAGCAGCUGCUGUUAUGAUAGUCAACCCCACAACACCUAACGCUGUUGCAGGGAAUAUGUCUCAGCAAUUCAAUGGUCCUAAUCAGAACAGAAAUAAUUUGACAAGGAAUUUAAAUUCAACUCGUAAUACAUUUGACGGAAAUAAUUCAAAUAAUAAUAAUAAUACUACUUCAAAUUCAAGAUCUGGUACCAAAUCAGUGAAUAUAAUGAACAACAUGUAUGAACAAGGGCAGGGCAGCUUUAACAAUAUUAAUGAAAAUAAUCAGUCUCACAGAGAGUCAGCCAGAGCUCUAGGAGAAGCGAUCGUAGCCGCGUGCCCGGAUGCGGCGGCUGUGGAACGUCGGCUUGGGCAGAUAAGGGAAUAUAUAAGGGUUACGUCGUCCCUUGUUGACACUAUGAGAAAUUCAGAGGAUGAGGCUUUUAUUAACCACACAAAAGAAGAAUAUGACGAACUUAUAAAAAUGGUAAUGCAGUUGAAAGAAAGUGAAACAAAACUCGAGUCUAUAUUUGUCCAAAUGCAAUCUAGCAAUGCUGAAGCUUUAAAAGAAAGCGUGACUCCAUCUUCUGAUCAAGGGAUAGUCAGUAUCACAGAAUUAGCAAGCAAAAACACUCCUGAUAUAGCAGAUGCGUUACAAGAUAAAUCUUGCAAUAUUAAGUCGAAUAAUGAUAACAGUAUGACAAAAGCGAAUCUAAAGAAAGUAACAAACAUUGAAAAUGAACAUUUGAACAAAACAAUAACUAAUACUAUAGCAGGAGAUGAGAAUCAAACACAGAAUGAAACUGUUAAUGAUAGUGAAGACACUUUAGAUGGAAGUGAUAGUGCUAGAGUUGAGAUUAAAGAAAUAGAAUCAAUUACAUGUGCUGAACCUGAGGUAAAGAAAGACGAUAAGGAACUUAACGAUAUGUUACGAAAAAAUAUCAUGGCGUGUGUGGAAAAAAUUGCUAUUAUGGAGGAAAUGAGAAAUAAAAAUAAAGAUUCUAUCAGCACCAAUGAUAAGCAAGAUGUAGUUGUUAGGCCCGUGUCUGCCCAGAGUAACGGCUCGGCCUACAGUGAGAAUGAACUGUGGCAGAACGAGAUCAAAAAUAAAAUGGAGCUAUCACAAAUUCGCCUCACUGCAUUAAAACAACAACAGAAGCGACUACUUAAAUAUCAGGCAGAAGCAAAACAACAAUUAGAAGAAUUAAACAAGGAGCGGCAAUCGCAAGAAAUCCAUCAUCCGUCCACAUCACAUGAAAACUUUAAUGGAAUGCAGAAUUUGCCAUUAGGUGCCAAUUAUCAACAUCCGAAUCGUAUGUACGGUGCGAAUCAGAUCGGAGUAGCGACGACAUUGCCACAGUCCAACGAGGCGCUGUCGGUCCAGCAGCUUACCAGUAGUACUGACGACCACGCCCGCUCCACUCACUCUGGACACAGCCAGGACGAGAGGUUCUCUCUGCGCGAUGGCAACAUAGCCAGCAGCGAGGAGGCGGGGGGCGGCGGGCGCGACAGUGAGGCGGAGGACGAUGAGGGACUGAUGCACGAGCGCGGCCGCAUGCUGCAGGCCAAGCUGCGUGAGUUGCAGCUCAAGAAGCAGCACAUGGAGAACUUGGUUUCAGAAUUUCAAAAACUACAAAUGGCAACUCGCCUCGGCAGCUCGCAUAAUACAUACUCGAGUUCCGGCGAAGAUAGUGGCGACGACGAAUCCUCACGCAAAUGUACUAAAUCAGGCGUUAAUCUCAAAAACGACGAUCCAUUUAAGUUAAUGGAAAUAAAGGCGAUAAAGACUGCUCUACAAAAAACUAAAGAUCUCAUGCGGUCGGUAGAAACAUUUGAAGCGGAGGAUCUCUCGGGUGUUCAUGAAGACUCCUUCCACUUACCUGGCCAUUCUAAUAUACAUGACAAUAAAUCGGAAGGCGGCGGUAGUAUGGGCGGCUGGUCUAACGAGGGCAGCGUGUGCCGCGUGCGCAACACAUUGCCUCAGAGACACAAGUUCACCAACGAGCAGCACUCGCAGCAGCAAGUGCAGCAGCAGCAGUUGCAGGCGCAGCAGCAUCAGCAGCAUCUGCAGGCGCAGCAGCAUCAGCAACAUAUGCAGGCGCAGCAACAUCAGCAGCAUCAACAGCACAUGCAAACGCAGAAUCAGCAACAAAGUCACGAAGCUAAUAUCAAUACGCUGCAACAGUUAGCUCAAGAGCUUCGUAUGGAGACGGAGAAGAUUAUGGGCGAGCGUGCGCGGAUUUCGGACUUAGUGACCAACAAGGAGAGAAAACAGAAGAAAGUAAACGAGGACGUGCGAUCUCGCGCCGCGGGCUGUCCCGGGCCGGCAGAGCGGCGCCAGAUUCAACUGCGUGCCUUGCUGGCCGACAAGCAGCGCGAACUGGAGGCGCUGCUCAACAAAGAGACACUUUCCACGCCAUCGGAAGUCCAGAAAAUUAAAACCGAUUCCCGCACCGCAUCCGUCGUUAAUCAGUCGUAUAACAGCGAACAAGAAGAACCGGAGUCUCGGUCCGAACAUGUUCCAAUGGACUCGCAAAAUUCGAGAGACACUGAAAACUUUAUGGGGGGAGGUGACAGUGUCCUAGGUACUAGAUCUAUUAACACAGUUCCUUCGCAUCUCGGCAGCGCUUACGGCAGCGAUAGCGAUAGUGCUUCCAGAAAUAAGUCCAACCAAAGGAAUCGACCCAGGAGACGACCCACUCAGGACCGACAGUCGGAAGAAAAUAAUAAUAUUACGGUCACAAAUAAUAACGUGAAUAUACGUCACGAGCCGCGCGCGGAGUCGUCCAACGUUAAUCUAGUUCCGCCCGUUGCACAAAACAACGACGCCGCUGGAAAUGUCCCGUACUCUCACCUACCACCGACGUGUUGGAAUACGAAUAAAUCCAAUCAGGAUACGCGUACGAACCAGUUCACGCAAAACAGCCACUCCCAGACCAUGGACCGCCUGCUGGGCACGCCGCAGGUGGCGUUCCCGCCCACGCUGCCCUACAACAUGAUGAUGCCGUACGGCAUGGUGGGCGGCUGCGGCUGCGGCUGCGGGCUGUGGGGCGCGUGGUGCUGGCAGCAGCUCGUCAUGCAGCAGCGCGACAUACACGCGCUGCGCGACCAGCUCACGCACUUGGAAGAGCGUUGGCGAGCUGAAACCGCUUCGCACACCCUCAACAACCAAGUGCCGCCCGGAAACCGUGCCAAUAAUUAUUGGGACAACUUUAGAAGCUACUCGCGACAGAACCUGCUGUCAGCGGCCAGCAAGAGCAACGCCGAAGGCGCGCCGCCGGCCGCACCACUCGCCGCGCGCUCGCACAACAGCCUGCACCGCGCGCCCUCCUCGCCCUCGCUGGCGCCCAAGCGCAACACAGACGCGCCGCCUGAGCCGCGCCGCGCGCGCCGCAACCUGGCACCCGAUGUGCUUAACGUCAACCAGAACCCCAACCUGGCGCCCGCCGCGCGCGAAGCGCACGACAAGGCCACGUCCAAGCUUUUCGACCUGCUGCGCGAGAACAUCUACUCGGAGGUGACGACGCUCAUCGGCGUCAACGAGGCACACCCUGACUUCCUCAUCCAGCUGUUCCGCGAGCUGCAGCUCGUCAGCUCCGAGCCGCUGCGCCAGCGCGUGCUGCGCUCCAUCCGCGGCGCGCUGCGCGCCGACGCCGAGCCCGCGCCCACCGCGACCGCCGCGCCUGACGACCGGGUCGUACGCUUCCUGCUCGCGCGCGCCGGGGAUGCCUGCGACGCCGAGCUGCUGGAGGCGCUGGCCGCGCUCAUCCUGGGCGGUGGCGCCGACGCGCGCCGCACCAAGAGGCUCGUCGACUCGCUCGCCAAGUACGAGGGGAUGAGAGUGUGCGACGUCUCGAGCGACAUCAUCGAGAACUUGCCGCAGCUGAGCUCCGGAAGCACCGAGGACGAGGAGUCCGCGCAUCUGACGAGUGAAAUAUCCGAAUCAUCGAUCCUGCAGGACGUGGCGGGCUCGCUGAAUCUGUUCAGCUCGAGCGAGCCGCGCCUGCACCAGAUGAACGCGUGCCCCUACGAGCUGUGGCCGGGCCACGUGCACGUGGACGUGGACGGCGCGGAGCUGAACCACGGCAGCCCGCGCUCGAGCCGCGAGGGCAAGGUGGACCUGGUGGACUGCUCGGAGAUGCACAACGGCGACCUGGCGGAGGCCGACCAGACGUGCCGCACCGAGGGCGAGGCGGGCGCCGCGCCGGCCGAGGCGCCGGGCGGCGCGGACGCGCUGCCGGACGUCGUGGACACGGAAGAGGUCACGCCCACUGAGGCUGAAGCAGAGUGGCUUGGGCUUGACCGUGUGCCAACAAGGCUGCAUAUGGAAGAAGCAUCUGAAAAACAGAAAGGUGAAAAUUAAUAUUAAAUUAAAUUGGAGCAAACACCCAAACAUCAAACAUUUUUGCUUGAUCUAUUGUUUGAGUGAACCUGAAAAAAAUAAAAUUAGAUCUUCUUUAUCUGCAUCUGUAACAGAAAAACAGAACAAAUCGAAAUUAAUUUCCUUUUCCUUUUUUCCAGAUUAAGAAUGAGAAGGAAGCAUCAUGACAUUCUCCAAUUCACCGUUGUAUACUUUAAAUACUGUGUGUAUUCUUUUUAUCAUUUGACUGCUGUUUAUAUUUCAUUGAUUAUGUUAUAAUAUUUAUUUAGAAUAAAUAAAUAUAUAAAACACUA